CUGGUUAUUACCUUUUUCUCGCUUGAUUGGCCGGCGGCCAAGGUGAGCGCCGCCGCGAUAGCACCCCCAGCUCCCAUCCACAGACCCACACGCAGCCAGCCUCCGCAUACCGUGAGGGGCGAGGAGAGUGGCCGACUAGCCGUCACCUCCCUCCAGAUCCGCGGCGAGCCGUGAACGAGUAAAGCGGAAGUAUGGAAUUGAAAUUUGAGGAGGUCGCUGCCCUAGACAAAGAUAACGUUAAUGGUGUAGAUGGAUCAAUUACAGUAAGAAGUGUGUAUCCGCUGGGCCCUUGCCCUCACUUUGAAUAUACUGAGGGAUUCGAUAUGACAAAGAUCAAUGAGCUUAUGGCAGAAAGGUCUCUUUCCAUGGCCAAGUCCAGAGCAAAUGACAUAAUCAUUCCAGACCCUACUCCCGAGUGGGUGUGUGAUGACUUCUUCGACAAAUAUGCCAAAUUGGAGCCCAUCUUUUCAAAGGAUAAUGUCCGGCGCUUCCUCCGAUUAUUCAGGAACGGUGGGGGCAAGGCCAUGUCAUGGGAUCUUUCCAUCACCGCACAAACCUUAACCUUCUUGGUCAGUUUCAAUGCCCUGCAAUGUGCGCAACUUGUAUUGGAGGGCGAGGCACCUGAGCUCCGUGGGAUGCACGCCAAUCCCAACUGCAUAAACAAAUAUGGAUACUUCCCGCUCCACCAAGCUGCUGAAAGGUUCUCUGUUGACAUGAUCAAGCUGCUUUUACGCCAUGGUGCAUCAGCCAAUGUACGCACAGUUGGCAAGGAAAUCAUUGAGGAUCUACUCCCGCUCCAUGUCGCAGUUGAGAAUACUUGCCUGCAUAAGUAUCUGGAGGACAAUCUUUCUCCCAGCCAGAAUCAUCUGGAUUAUAUCUACAAUCUUAUCCGUCUGCUGUGUCUACCUGAAAUGAAGAUCUUCUUGGAUACAACUAGACUGCUUGCAGAAAAAACAAAUAAUCUACUUGGAGAGCUCUGGAAAUACAUUGAGGAUGGAAAACUUACGCAGUCUGCAGUUCUACUACUGGCCGCCCAAGAGCAGAUCCGUGGAGGCUGUUCAUCCAGUAGUAAGAAAGAUGGGUUUGACAUGAUCAAGAGCAAUAUACUGAGGCUUUCAUUUACCUUGAUAUGGGGGAAAGGUUCAAAUGAAAUGCCACAGAAGCUUCUUGAGGAAAUGAAGGCACUUUAUUGCGCAGGUCUGCUUGUUGAUGUAAUUUCCCGUGUCGGUGAACCUCUUUCUGCAUACAUUCAAGCACAUUCAGAGGUGCCCCAUGUGGAGGUCUUGGAACAUGUUUCAUCUAUCCUCAAGGAGUAUGGAUUUUGCCCUACUGGAGAUUCCAUGGACACUUUAAACCUCCAGCCCUAUGACUGCAAAAAGUCGGACAGAGAGUCAUGCGGGUCUACAGAUGCAAACAGAGCAGCUACGAAAACGGCCAAUCUGCAUGCUGCAAAGAAAAAGGCUGCGAGAAAGGAAGUAGGUGGAGGAUGGGAUCCCACAUAUGCAAGGAGAAGGUUUUUCCCAUAUUGGAGAUCAGUAUUACAAGCCCGGUUUCCUUUUAAGGUGUAUCCAACCUAUGCAAGAACAGAUGCUAGGUCUGUGCUUGAUAUUGAACACCUCCACGCCUCUGUGAGAAACUCGAUGGCCAAUGGAUCUACUCCAACUCCAAUUAUAGUUGAUCCAGUGGGAAGAAUAUCACCACUUACAAGAAAUAAUCAACCCACAAGACGCUUACUACUGCUACUGGUGCAUUGAAGCUCUUGAAGGCGCUGAAGUAGAGUAGAAAGGUAUGCCAUGAGUUUCAUCUUGCUGUCCCAAGUUUUCUAAACAUGACCCACAUAAACACUUGGAAAGAAUGAACUGUUGUGCUGCCAUCUUUAACUAGUAAGAUAAGUCGUUGAUAUAACGUUAAGGAGUGGCGAUUUGCUUGAUAGGGUUAGGUAUUCUAUUAUUAUGUCUUAUUUUCCCACUGUUUUAAGUUUGUAGUCUCCAGGUUCUUCUACUUCAACACGGCUACGCCAAGCUUGGGUAUGUUUGUUUGCUUGGCAAUUAGCAACCCUGCCGUUAUCUCUUUCCUCCAACUGGUCCAUAUGCAGAUAAUUUAGAUGAUUUUGACAUCGAAAUCCUUGUGGAUGGGAAGCAAUAGAGAUCCACUUAAUUUGUACUCCCUCUGAUCCAUGAUAAGUGUGGCAGUUUUGAACUAAAGUUGAACUAACCUUAGUUCAAAACCGCGACACUUAUUUUGGAUCCAAGGGAGCAGUAUAUUUUAGUUUCUUAGGGAAUUCUCAGCCCUGAGAAAUGUGCAGCACAUUUGAUGGAUAUAUAGUAGUAGUCAACUGAACAUCGAUAAUGUGGGUAGGUAGCCAGUGCUCAACGCAUAAUGAGCGGCUUUUUUUUUUGAACUGAUGAGUGGCUUCUAUUGAUGCUCACCGACAACAAGUUGUUGAGUAGCUUUGAAGUGCUUCUUCAACCUCCUGCACACAGGGACAUGCCUUUGUCUUCAAUUAUUCAUCCUUAGAGCAUCUCCAACAGAUGAUGUAAAAGUUGGUGCCCAAAAAUGGUUUUAGGGAAGAGAGUCUUUGGGCACUGUCGUGGAAUUGUCACGGCAGAUGUCCUCGAGUUAGGACUUAGUCGUGGAGCCAUCGCAACUAGGAAGCUUAAAGGGGUUAAGUGGGACAAGGAA